AUGGUUGAUAUUGGGAAACGUUAUUGUUCUUGUCGAUUGUGGGAAAUUGAUUCUUUUCCUUGCAAACAUGAUUUUUGUGCUAUAAAGAGGAAUGAGAAGGAUCUGAAUUGCUUUCUUGAUGAUUACUAUCAUGUUAGUAGUUAUUGUGAUUCUUAUUCACAUUCUAUCUAUCCAAUUCCUAGUAUGUGGAAGCCAAAUGUAGUUGUUGAUGAUAAUAUUGUUUUACCUCCUCUUUGUAAGAGACUAGCUGGACGUCCAAGAACAGAGAGAAUACCUUCUAAGGGCGAAAUCAGGAGAAUUAGGUGCAGUAGGUGUGGAAAAAUGGGAACUCAUAAUCGGAAGACAUGUAAAGAAGUUUUGCUUUAG